AUGAGGCCCCCCCCGUCCAGGUCAAGGCACAGGCGCCGGCGCCUCCGGAGUUCAUUGCGCCCCCGCAGCCCCAGGGGGUUCCCCCGCCUUCGGCGGUGCCGCCUUCAGCGCCAGCGCCAGCGCCGCCGGCGCCAGCGCCCCUUUGGCCGCAGGAAGGCCGCCCCAAGGCAGCCGCAGCCGCAGCAAAAGCAGCAAGAGCCGCAGCAAAAGCGGGCGGCGCAGCCCCAGCCGGCGGAAGCGCAGCCGCAGCAGCCGCAAGCGAAGCCCCAGCCGGCGCAGGAAGCGGAGCCCGAGCCGCCGUCGGGACAGCCGGCGCCGCAGCCGGUCUCGGCGCCGCAGCCGGUCCCGGCGCCGCAGCCGGUCCCGGCGCCGCAGCCGCAGCCGGUCCUACCGGAGGCGCAGCCGUUCGCCGCGAAGAAGGCGGACCCCGCCCCGGCGCUCGCCGCCCCGGCGCUCGCCGCCCCGGAGAGGUGGGCAAGAGAUUUGUGGCGACUUUCGACGUGGCAAGUGUGA